AGCGCCGGCGUGUCUGCGUGUUCCCGGUGAGCUCAACCUCAGCGUCAGUCACCCGUCAGUACCGGAGCAGCCUGAAGAUGGCGCCGGUUCCUCCUGGGAUCCGCCUGCUGGUGUCAUUUGACAGAGACCAAUGGUACCGAGCUCUCACCUUCAUCCUCACCUUCUUGCUCUACACCAGCUUCCACCUCUCCAGGAAACCCAUCAGCAUUGUUAAGAGCGAGCUCCACAAGAACUGCUCGUCCGUCAGUGAACUGGCCAUGAAUCCGUCCAGCAGCCAGCAGCCGAUUCUGCACACAGACACAGACUGCAGCUGGAAGCCUUUUGAUAAAAGUAACUACAAACAGCUGCUGGGAGCCAUGGACUACUCCUUCCUCUGUGCCUACGCGGUGGGGAUGUACCUCAGCGGCAUCAUCGGGGAGCGGCUGCCCAUCCGACUGUACCUGACGGUCGGCAUGGUGACCAGCGGCCUGUUCACCUGCCUGUUUGGGCUCGGCUACGUCUACAACAUCCACAACCUGAGCUUCUACAUAUUCGUCCAGGUGGCCAACGGCUUGGUGCAGACCACUGGAUGGCCCAGUGUGGUCACCUGCAUCGGCAACUGGUUUGGAAAAGGAAGACGCGGACUCAUCAUGGGUCUGUGGAACUCACACACCUCAGUGGGAAACAUCCUCGGCUCGCUGAUCGCAGGUUACUGGGUCUCCUCCAACUGGGGCUUGUCCUUCAUCGUGCCGGGCCUCAUCAUCGCCGCCAUGGGCGUCGUCUGCUUCCUGUUCCUCAUCGAGCAUCCAAAUGACCUGAAAAGCAUCUAUGCUCAAAACGCUUCUCCAGGAAAGAGUGUGAAAGCAAAGAGGAACGGAGUGAACGGACACACUGAGAUGUAUCUGCAGUACAAAGACAACAAACCACAGAGUUACGACACUGAGCUGCUGUUGCCGCGGGAAACCCUUCGUGUCCCCGUGCAGCCAGUCGUGGUGGUGAAGAACGAAUCAGAGCCGUCGCCCAUCAGCUUCAUGGGAGCCCUGCGCAUACCGGGAGUGAUUGAGUUCUCUCUGAGUCUGCUGUUUGCUAAGCUGGUCAGCUACACUUUCCUCUUCUGGCUGCCGCUCUACAUCACUAAAGCAGCUCACCUGGAUGCCAAGAGAGCCGGAGAUCUCUCCACCUUGUUUGAUGUGGGUGGAAUCGUAGGAGGGAUCCUUGCAGGAGUUAUCUCUGAUAAAUGGGGGAAGAGAGCCUCCACCUGUGCAGUGAUGCUGCUGCUGGCUGCUCCUACGCUGUACGUCUUCUCCAUGAUCAGUGAGUUCGGUCUGGGACCAACCAUCGCCAUGUUGUUGGUGUGCGGAGGUCUCGUCAACGGACCAUACGCGCUCAUCACCACCGCGGUGUCGGCUGAUCUGGGGACCCACAAGAGCCUGAAGGGCAAUGCCAGAGCGUUGUCUACUGUCACCGCCAUCAUCGACGGCACCGGAUCAGUCGGUGCAGCUCUCGGCCCCCUGCUGGCCGGACUGUUGUCUGCAGGCGGCUGGGAUCAGGUCUUCUACAUGCUGAUGACUGCUGACUUCUUUGCUCUGUUGCUGCUGUUGCGGCUCGUGUGGAAGGAACUGUCAUCAACUAAAUCCCGUCCCAUCUCCGCUGUAGAGUUAAAGGAGCACUGAGCACUUUGAUUGCACUGCCUUCACGGAGGAGUACACACACACACACACACACACACACACACACACACACACACACACACACACACACACACACACACACACACACACACACACACAAAGUACUGUGCAUUUAAACCACUCGUCUCAGCCUGAAAUGGAGAAAGAAAAAGUUCAGAGAGCCGAGGCUGAAGAUCUGAACCAAAAAGCAGAUUUCAGUCCGAGGAUUCAUCGUCUGCACACAGAAAUGCACAUUUAAUCGACUCUCCUGCGUCCUUUAUCUUCUUCUAAUGACUUAUUUAUUAUGGCAGCCACUUGUAACUCACUGCUCAGUCUACUUUGAGGACUGACAGAUAUGUAAAAAACAAACACUAGCCUUAUCUGACAAUGUAUGUUAGGACUAAACCAGAAGUGACAGUUAUUUGUUUCGGUGCUUUGAAAACAGCAACUUCCAUGAUUGUUGUGAUGGAUCUCACAUCAAACUCUGACAUAAUAACAUCUCUAACAGUCAACUUUAACUUAAAUCUAGCCUUAAUCAUCUUAAUGAUCCCUUUCACACGUGUUUUAAGUAAAAAUACUCUGUAUGUCUGAUAUGUUUUAUUCUUCUCCCUCAUUAUAAAAUCAAUUAUCUACGAAUAAUUAUAAUAAACACUGAGAAUAAACAUAUACACUGAGGGAAGACACAUAAAAAACAAAUAUAUGAAUAUAAAUAAAUAAAUUACAUGAGUUUUUCUUUGAAUGAGAAUUAAUUUCUAAUUUUCAGACCAUAUCAGAGCAGAAUAUUUAUAUAUAUGUAUUAAAAACACGUUUGGAGGAGAUAUUUAAACUUUUAUACUGGAAGGAUCAUCCUUAAACUCAAACUUCUGUCUAAGUUUUAAAGAGGAAAACAACCGAGCCAAUCAGAGCCAUCGGGCGGGACUUAUUUACCUUUUUAUGCUGAAAAAUGGGAACAAAAACAAUGUGCAGGUUGUUUAAAGUCGACUCCAAACAACACUCCCUGCUGAUUGGUUGAGAUAAAACAGUUCUGCCUGCUUUCAUGAACUCGUCAGACUGAAGCGAAAAACGAAACGUUCGCUUCAUCCUGUUCGUCCGGCUCGGUGGGAUCAAUAACGUUUAUGAAACUGACUCUUAGUGGUUAGGUAACAUUUAUUCCUGUGGACGCUACAGAUCACCUGUGACAUUAUAAGUGUGUGUGUGUGUGUGUGUGUGUGUGUGUGUGUGUGUGUGUGUGUGUGUGUGUGUGUGUGUGUGUGUGUGUGUGUCAGAUAUCUCAUGUUUGCACCUUUAGCCCCAAAACUUAACAAAAAAUAAAUCUCCUGUGGCUCCUUUCACACAUGAAGCUGAAAAUUUAGGAGAACUUGAACUCACUUCUUGUGGCGUCUGAAGACAAGAAUAGUUGUUUACUUCCUGUUUUUCUAAAUAAGCCAAAAAAAAGACAGUCGACAGUUUUCUUUGGAAGAAAAAGCUUCACGACAGAGUGGAAGGAGAGAGUCAUUUACACUCAUUCUCCCUUUAAAAGAGUCAAAACACAUAUUUUAGAUUCAGUGUUAGUUAGUGUUACACUAACUGGGAAUACAUUGUGGGUUAAAUAAAAAAACAUCCAUAUUUGUGCUUAAAAAUCAGAGAAAAAGUUCAGUAACUCACAUUUUAAAGUGAUCCAGUGACGGUUGUUUGUACAUAAGUCCUCAAAGUGCUGAGAGCCUGAUUAUUAUCCCCUAAAUCAAAGUAAGAUGAUGAACAAAGACAUCAGAUAAAAAACUAUUAUCACAGUUUAAGAAUUAAAAAGCUCUUAAAUAGACUUUGUGAUCGAUGCCAGUAACAAAGGUAAAGUGAGGGAAUGUUUGUGUGUCAUUUGUGUGAACUGAGCCUUUAACCUGCUGAGGUCACACUUUUAAAAUGAUGUUUGAUGCUGUUUGUGUGAAAGGGGCACAAAUGUUUAUUAAGACCACUAAAAAAACUAAAAAAACUAAACUCAAAUGUGUGAAAGUUGCUGUUUCAAUCAAUGCCACCUUUGCCUUAAUCAACCAAAGAGAUUGUGAGGUUUUAAUUUAAUUAAGACUUAUUUUCAAAGCCAUUUAAGUUAUAUAAACUGUCAGUUAUAUAUAUGUGUGUGUGUGUGUGUGUCAGGUUUCUUGUAAAGUGAAGGCACCAAAGUUGUAUUUUUUAUAUAUUUAAGAAAAAUGUAAUACAUCCAGAUAAUAAUGUAUGUUAUCCUGUGCAGGAUGGGGGGGGGGGGGGGGUGAUGGUGAGAUAUUAUGAAUGUAAAGGAAAUAUUUCACAGUGCAAUGUUGAUAAAUGAGAUUUAAAAUGAACAGUUCUUCCGAUGAUCUUUUUAAAAAAAUACAGAAAAUCCUCUCAAUGAAAAUCUCAUUUAGUGUUUGUGAUUUUUCUUUUGGUCCAGUUUAGUUUAAUAUGUAUAAUUAUAUUCUGUUAAUUUAUUGGCUGUAAACUGUGUCAGAGCUAAAAAAAAAAUCAAUAAACAAAAGAAAACCCCCACAUGUGGUAAUAUUAUAUAAAUGAAUAUCAUAAACUCUGGGAUUGUUUCUUUCAUGGUGGAGAAUAUGUAUUUAUGUAUCAUCUGUCGAUGGUAGGACUAGUACUUGAAACAUUGUGUGCCUUGUUUGUUUGGGGGUUUUUUUGCUUGGUGGUUGAGAAAUAACUUUGUUCAAUCUCAAAGGAUUCUGGAGGAAGAAAAAAAAAUAAAGCAUUUGUUUUUCUUCAC